AUGAAUAAAACUGGAACAGGUUUUAAGACACUUAAAUUAAGAUCAUCUCAUUCUUUUCGUCCAUAGAGUGCUUAUUAAGAAUAAAUAGUGAGUAUAAUUCCAUAUGAAAUGAGUGAAUAAGCAUAUUAAACUUCACUUAAGAUGGAUCUAUUAAAUAUUGAAGAUGAAAUCUCAAAACUAAAUAAAUUGGGUAUUCAAUAAUCUAGAUUGAGUUCAACACAUACUUAAAAAAUAAAAUAAUGGAUUUCAAAUAUUAAAAUGAAUGAUAAAUGUUUAGAUCCUUAAAGAGUUAUUCAAAUUUGUAAUUGUUCUGAUGCAAAUGAGACUGUAAUUAAAUUGUACAAUAUGAUAUAAAAUUUUGACUUCUAUGUCAAUAAAAUAACAGAACUUUAAUGUAUACAUUAUUUAUAAUACGAAUAAUGUUUUACUAAUUUCUAAUCAAAUUAUUUCUAAAAAAUAGCAUCUUAAGGAAUAUUACCAAAUAGAUUUUUAAUGAGUCUUUUGAAUUUAGAAAUUAUUGAAUAUUUAGUUUAGAAAAAAGGAGAUAUGAAUCAAUCAAAUGGUGAAAAUAUUUUACAAAAAAAAUUGUAUGAUUUAAAAGAUGAGAAUAUUAAACUAUUGAAUGAAAUCAAAUCGUUAUAAAGUUAAUGCAAAAAAUUAUAAGAUUAAUUAUCAAAUUCAACUACUUUAAGUUAAAGUUAAUUGAGUCAUAUUACAGUUGAAUUACCUCCUAAUCCUGCAUCUUAUUAUAAUAAAAUAAUUGAUGAAGUCAAAGAUAGUUAUUAGAAUCUUAUUACUAUGUUAAGAGAUGUAAAUAUUUUUAAAUUAUUAUAUAGGAAAAUCUAUAGUUUGGAUUGAAAUUAAGUGAAGUUCAAUAAAAAUAUACUAAUGCUAGUAAUGAAAUCAUAGAAUUAAAUAAAAAAGUUGAUAAUAUGAAGAAUCAGAAAGUGAGAUAAAAUUUAUAUAAUAUAGGAUGACUUAUAUAAAAGAUUUGUGGCUAAAUACAAAACUACAGAAGAGUUUGAAUAAUCUUAUGAAGCUGCUUUAAAGGAAGAAUAUUCUUCUAUGGAAAUAUCAUUCAAAUAAAAAAUCUAAUAGNAAGGUAAAUUUUUAAUAUAAUAUAAAUUUAGGGUAUUAGACCAGCUAUCAAUGUCGGUUUGUCUGUGUCAAGAGUCGGUUCAGCUGCUUAAAUUAAAGCAAUGAAGACAGUUGCUGGUAGACUUAAGUUAGAAUUGGCUUAAUACAGAGAAGUAGCUGCAUUUGCUUAAUUUGGUUCAGAUUUAGAUGCAGCCACAUAAUAAUUAUUAAAUAGAGGUGCCUAAUUAACUGAAUUACUUAAAUAAAAAUAAUACGUAAAUUUUAAUAUGAAUACAAUUUUAGGUACCAAUGUGUGCUGAAGAAUAAGUUUGUGUUAUUUAUGCUGGUGUUAGAGGAUUUUUGGAUAAAGUAUAAACUUCAGAAAUUGCAAAAUUCGAAGAGAAAUUCCUCACUCAUCUCAGAACUAAUUUCCCAGCUAUGUUAGAAAGAAUUAGAAGGUAUUUAUUAUAAUAAUAUCUUUAGUACUGGUGAAUUAAGCAAAUAAGAUGAUGCUGAAUUGAAGAGUAUCUUAGAAGUCUUCAUUCCUGAAGCCGGUCUUGCUAUGAAAUAAUGAU